CGCCUUCCCACAGUGCUUCGCGACAGCUCGCUAUGGAGGCCGGCAGGACUGCGGUGUUGCGCGUGAAGCGGAAGCGUAACGCGGAGCCUGCAGAAGCUCUCGUGCUGGCCUGUAAACGCCUCCGGAGCGGCGAGGUCCAGUCGUCUGCUCAGGAGACGCCGGAGGGUCCGGAGACAGCGUCUGAGAGUAAUGUCUUCCGGUUGGUUGCUACCGUGCGCUCCCAGGAGGAGCCCAUCCAGCAGCUUGUGCGGGCUGCCCUGCGCCCGUCCCGGAGCAGCCAGCUGCGUAUCCGCCGCGAUCUUCGCGCCUCGGUUCGCGAGGUCCGUAAAGAGGGCCGCUACAGGGUAGUCUCCAACCACCGUUCCUCAGGGACCUCCAGUGGUUUGGAGCCCCAGUGUGUAUCAGAAGCUGUUGGGGAUGCAGACUUCCAGUUGUUGGAUCUGGUCCACGAGGAGGGAGACCCAGAGGCGGCUGCCACAGACUGCUGCAGAACAUCUGAUCCAGAUGUGAUCCUCUGCAAUUCUGUAGAGCUGAUCCGUGAGAGACUGACUAUUUCUGAAGAUGGACCACAAGUGGAGCACCUGAAGGAACCAAAGCACGAUGAUGACUAUGUAUAUGACAUUUACUCUAUGGAAAUGGCCCCUCUAGAAUGGAUUGAGGACAUCCUGUCUGUGCAGCCCUACAACCAGGAGUGGGAGCUGGUGAACGAAGAUCAGCAACCAGAAGAUACAUAUGAAGAAGAAGAUGAUGAAAACAGUGAAAAUAAUUGGCGCAAUGAGUACCCAGAUGAAGAAAGCAGUGAUGAAGAUUCUAGAGGCUCUAAUGAAUACAACAGCCUCAGCGAGGAGGAAAGCAGCAGCAGGCAGUUGGUGUGGAGCAAGUACCCUUUGGAUGUACAAAAGGAGUUUGGCUAUGAUAGCCCCCAUGAUCUGGAUUCGGAUUGAUGGUCUCCUGAGAUUCUUCCAUAUGCCCUUGAGGACUCUGACUGUCAUCAUCUUAGGAUGCCUAACUGAACAUGCAGAAGGAAAAACUAUGCCCCAGCACAGCAGAGACCUAAGGGCUCUUCUUAUAAGUGAUUAAGUGAAGCCAAGCAUGCUGGCUCCUGCCUUUAAUUUCCAGCAUUCAAGAAUCUGGGAGUAAAAGGAGCACUGAAAAUGCAAGGCUAGCCUAGACUACAUAGAAAGUUUUAGGCUAACCUGAGCAAAAGAAUUAAGAUUCUAUUUUUAAAAAAAAAUAGUUAUCCUACAGUCUGGAAAAUAAAAUGAUGUGAAACCUCCAGCCCAGGUGGGUUUUCUGUGAUCCCACAUCUAUGCUCAAGCCUAAAGCAGCUGGAGGGAGGAAGCUAUUUCAUCAGCAGUAUAAUUUACCUUUUUCUUUGAUGGAUGUCAUCUCUACAAGGGCAACAGUGUAGUGCCUCCCCUGCCUGAACUAUGGGAAGUAACCCCUCUCCCCCUUUGGACUAUAAUGGUCAUAAAGACUGCUGUCAUCUUUUGGUAGUGGUGUUAAGGAACGGUAUUAUGUGAUAUUCUCUAAUAAAAAAUAACUUUUUACACAGAA